CUGGCGCUGACCCGGAAGCGCUUCCUUUCCUCGGCGCAGCCAAGAUGGCGGUGGACACUGCAACCGAGCUGCUGUUUUUAGACACGUUCAAGCACCAGAGCGCGGAGCAAAGUACCAAUAUAGAUGUGGUUCGUUUCCCAUGUGUGGUUUAUAUAAAUGAAGUACGUGUCAUUCCUCCAGGUGUGAGAGCUCACACGAGUUUACCCGACAGCAGGGCUUAUGGAGAGACAUCCCCACACACGUUUCAACUGGACUUGUUUUUCAACAAUGUCAGCAAGCCAAGUGCUCCUGUUUUUGAUAGGCUGGGGAGCCUCGAGUAUGAUGAAAACACUUCAAUUAUUUUCAGACCCAAUGCAAAGGUCAACACAGAUGGAUUGGUUCUGAGGGGGUGGUACAAUUGUCUGACUUUGGCAAUAUAUGGCUCAGUUGACAGAGUAAUCACUCAUGACAGAGAAUCACCUCCUCCACCCCCACCUCCUCCUCCUCCUCCCCAGCAACAGCCUGGUUUGAAAAGAACCCCAAAGCAUGUUGAUGGAGAGAAAGAAGACCAGUUCAAUGGCAGUCCUCCAAGACCACAACCUAGGGGACCAAGGACACCUCCAGGCCCUCCUCCUCCUGAUGAUGAUGAGGAUGAACCUAUGCCAGUGUCAGUGGUUGGAGAAAAAGAAGACGAUGUGGACCAUAGGGAGGAUUACUUUGAGCCCAUUUCUCCUGAUAGAACAUCCAUUCACCAAGAAAGCCAGUAUUCUGAUGAAGGAGAGGUGGAAGAAGAUCAACCAGAAGAAGGAGAUGAUGAAGAAGAUGUGGAUGUUGAGGAGGAGGAAGAGGAGGACGAUGAUGAUGGACAUACAGUAGAGAGUAUUCCCGAUGAAGAUGAGGAGGAGGAGGAGGAAGAUGAAGAUGAAGAGGAUGGUGAAGAGGAGGAGGAGGGUGAAGGAGAUGAUGGAUAUGAGCAAAUUUCAAGCGAUGAAGAUGGAAUUGCUGAUCUGGAACGCGAAACAUUUAAAUAUCCAAGCUUUGAUAUUGAAUAUACACCAGAGGAUCUGGCAUCUGUGCCUCCCGUGACAUAUGAACCUUUUGAAAGGGAGCUUGGACCUCUUCUAUACUUCAGCUGCCCAUACAAGACUGUAUUUGAGAAUGAAGUUGCUAAAAUUAAGGAUCUAGACCCAGAAAAAGAAAAUUCAGGAGCAGUGGAGGCCUCAGUUAAAUUAACAGAGCUGCUGGAAUUAUAUCAAGAGGAAAGGGGUGCGAAGUGGGUGACUGCAUUAGAAGAGAUUCCAAGUUUAAUAGUAAAAGGAUUGAGCUAUUUGCAGGUUAAAGACACGAAACAAGACUAUAUUACCCAGCUAGUAGACUGGACCCUGCAAGCUUUAAGCCUUCAGGUAGCUCUCAAGCAGCCUAUUGCUUUGAAUGUCCGACAGCUCAAAGCUGGGACGAAACUGGUGUCAUCAUUAGGAGAAUGUGGGACUCAAGGAAUAACAGCACUCUUGCAGGCAGGAGUUAUUAAUGUGUUGUUUGAACUGUUGUUUGCAGACCAUGUAUCCUCCUCUCUUAAACUUAACGCUUUUAAAGCUUUGGAUAGUGUUAUUAGCACAACUGAGGGAAUGGAAAUGUUUCUCAGAGGUGGUGCAGAUGCACAUGAAAAAAGUGGUUAUCAGAAACUGCUCGAACUCAUACUGUUAGAUCAGACUGUGAGAGUAGUUACUGCUGGUUCUGCAAUUCUCCAGAAGUGUCACUUCUAUGAGAUUCUGUCAGAUAUUAAAAAGGUGGUUGAUCAGUUGGCUGAGAACACUCCUUCUCUUCCUAAUCACACGGAGACAGAACAGGACCAGGACUUGGCAGGACUUGACAGAGCCAACCAAGAAUAUGAGAACGAUGUGGAGGCUCCUAUGGAUAUGGAUCAUCUUUUGGAAUCUUCUAAUAUAAGUGAAGGAGAGGUGGAAAAACUCAUUAGUCUUCUUGAAGAAAUCUUCCACUUGAUGGAGACAGCUCCUCAUACAAUGAUUCAGCCACCUGUGAAAUCUUUCCCAACCAUGGCACGCAUUACAGGCCCUCCAGAAAGGGAUGAUCCUUAUCCUGUUCUUUUUAGAUAUCUCCAUAGUCACCAUUUCUUGGAAUGCAUUACUUUGCUACUGUCUAUUCCAGUGACAGGUGCACAUCCAGGUGUGCUACAAGCUAUCCGAGAUCUGUUGCGUUUCCUGGCACAGUCACAGAAGGGUCUCCUUUUUUUCAUUUCUGAGUAUGAGGCGACGAAUUUGCUGAUUAGAGCACUUUGUCAGUUUUCUGAUCCGGAUCAAGAGGAAGGUCUCCAAUCAGAUGGUGCAAAUGAGGACACGUUUGCCCUGUGGCUCCUCCAUUCGACACAGACGUUACAAUGCAUUUCAGAAUUAUUCUGCCACUUUCAGCGGUGCACAGCCAGUGAGGAAACCGACCACUCUGACCUGCUGGGAACGCUUCACAACCUUUACUUGAUCACCUUUAACCCUGUGGGAAGAUCUGCUGUGGCUCAUGUUUUCAGUCUGGAGAAAAACCUCCAAAGUCUUAUUACUUUAAUGGAGUACUAUUCCAAAGAAGCUUUAGGAGACUCAAAGUCUAAGAAGUCAGUUGCUUAUAAUUAUGCCUGCAUCCUUGUUCUGCUGGUGGUUCAGUCUUCCAGUGAUGUCCAAAUGCUGGAACAGCACUCGGCGCCUUUGCUGAAGCUUUGUAAGGCAGACGAAAAUAACACCAAAUUGCAAGAGCUCAGCAAGUGGCUUGAACCUUUGAAAAACCUUAGAUUCGAAAUAAAUUGUAUUCCAAAUCUUAUUGAAUAUAUCAAACAGAACAUUGACAGUUUGAUGACCCCAGAUGGAGUUGGUCUUCCUACGGCACUUCGUGUUCUUUGCCACGUUGCGUGUCCACCACCUAUGGUAGAAGGUCAGCAGAAAGACCUUAAAUGGAAUCUAGCAGUAAUUCAACUGUUUUCUUCUGAGGGAAUGGACACUUUCAUUCGUGUUCUCCAGAAGCUGAACAGCAUCCUUAUUCAGCCUUGGCGACUCCAUGUCAACAUGGGCACCACACUUCACAGAGUUACUACUAUUUCUAUGGCCCGCUGUACCCUGACGCUACUUAAAACCAUGCUAACAGAACUGCUGAGGGGCGGAUCUUUCGAAUUCAAGGACAUGCGUGUCCCAUCAGCACUGGUUUCUUUACACAUGCUCCUGUGUUCUAUUCCCCUCUCAGGCCGCUUAGAUAGUGAUGAACAGAAAAUUCAGAAUGACAUUGUUGAUAUCCUACUGACUUUUACACAGGGCGUUAAUGAAAAGCUUACCAUUUCGGAAGAAACCUUGGCAAACAAUACUUGGUCUUUAAUGCUAAAAGAGGUUCUCUCCUCCAUUUUGAGAAUUCCUGAGGGUUUUUUCUCUGGACUUAUACUGCUUUCAGAAUUGUUGCCUCUUCCGCUGCCCAUGCAGACAACUCAGGUAAUUGAGCCACAUGAUAUUUCAGUGGCACUCAACACCAGGAAGCUGUGGAGCAUGCAUCUUCAUGUUCAGGCCAAACUGAUACAAGAGAUAGUUCGAUCCUUCUCUGGUUCAUCUUGCCAGCCUAUUCAGCACAUGUUGAGACGUAUUUGCGUUCAGUUGUGUGACUUGGCUUCACCUACUGCUCUUCUUAUCAUGAGGACUGUAUUGGAUCUAAUUGUAGAAGACCUACAAAGCAACACGGAAGAUAAAGAGAAACAAUACACUGGCCAGACUACUCGAUUGCUUGCUUUAUUGGAUGCCCUGGCUUCACAUAAAGCUUGUAAAUUGGCCAUUUUGCAUCUUAUCAAUGGAACUACUAAAGGUGAUGAAAAGUAUGGAGAAGUUUUCCAGGAGCUUUUGGCUUUAAUGCGAUCAGUUGGAGACAAUGUCACUCAUCAACAAAGCGCGGAAUACGUAACUUCCAUUUUGCUGUCCCUCUGUGAUCAGGAUAUUGCACUCAUUUUACCAAGUUCGUCAGAAGGCUCUGUGUCAGAAUUAGAGCAGCUUUCCAAUUCCUUGCCAAACAAGGAUCUGAUGCCAUCAAUUUGUGACUGUCUAAUGGAAACAUUAACCAAUUCUGAGAGCAGUUACAGUUGUCUGCUGACAUGUAUCCGAACAAUGAUGUUCCUUACAGAGCAUGACUACGGCUUCUAUCACUUGAAGAGCUCUCUAAGAAAACACAGCAGUGCUCUGUAUACGGUACUGAAGCGCGUCAUAACUAGUUUCAGCAAAGACACUGGUGAGCUGGCCUCUUCUUUCCUGGAUUUUAUGCGACAGCUUCUCAACUCUGAUACUCUGGGAUGUUGUGGAGAUGAUGGGAGCCUUAUGGAAGUAGAUGGAUCUCAUCCAGGCAGAACGCUGGGUCUCACCACUGCAGAGUUAAAACAUCUACUGCAGAGCAAAGAGGAAACCCCAGAAAACCUACUGCUUGAUCUGGAAAAACAUGUGAUGGACCAUUCUAAGGAAGAUGAUGGCCUUGAAUCCUUACUGGACAACAUUGUUGGGGUCAGGCAAAUGUUGGAAUCAGCGGGUGAUGCUUGUCCACUAAGUGACCAGGAUGUAGAGCCUAUCCUUUCUGCACCAGAUUCUCUUCAGAAUUUAUUUAACAACAGGACUACGUAUGUUUUGGCAGAUGUGAUGGAUGACCAGCUGAAAUCCAUGUGGUUCUCACCCUUUCAGGCUGAAGAAAUAGACACUGAUCUGGAUAUGGUAAAAGUUGACUUAAUUGAACUGUCAGAGAAGGGCUGCAGUGACUUUGACUUGCAAGCGGAAUUGGAGAGGUCAUUUUUGUCAGAACCAUCAUCUCCUGGUCGGACAAAAACUACAAAAGGUUUCAAACUUGGCAAGCACAAGCAUGAGACUUUCAUAACUUCGAGUGGAAAAUCCGAAUACAUAGAGCCUGCAAAGAGAGCUCACGUUGUGCCACCACCAAGAGGAAGAGGCAGGGGAGGAUUUGGACAAGGAAUUCGACCACACGAUAUCUUCCGUCAAAGGAAACAGAACACAAGCAGACCACCCUCCAUGCACGUGGAUGAUUUUGUUGCUGCAGAGAGCAAAGAAGUGGUUGCUCCGGACGGGAUACCACCGGCCAAAAGGCCACCGAAAGUAUCGCAGAAGAUUUCUUCACGUGGUGGGUUCUCAGGGAAUCGUGGAGGACGGGGAGCUUUUCACAGUCAGAACAGGUUCUUUACCCCACCUGCUUCAAAAGGAAACUACAGUCGUCGUGAAGGCGCUCGAGGCUCAAGUUGGAGCGCACAGAGUACGCCGCGAGGAACCUACAAUGACAGUAGAGGUGGUCAAAGCAAUUUUAACAGGGGUCCACUGCCACCACUGAGACCAUUAAGUUCAGCAGGCUACCGACCGAGUCCUCGCGAUCGUGCUUCCAGAGGCCGCGGAGGAAUUGGACCAUCUUGGACAAGUGCUAAUAGUAGUAGCAGUGGUGGCUCAAGAGGGAAGUUUGUUAGUGGAGGCAGUGGAAGAGGUCGUCAUGUACGUUCCUUCACACGAUAAAAUGAGACCUAAUGGAACAGCCCAACCACAGGGACUUCUGUGAAGAUGACAAAGCUAACAGAGGCACUGAAGGACCAAUUCAGAGUUGCUGGGUAUCUGGAGGACACCAGGAGAAUAUUUUUGUCUGAAGAGAAGUUUUUGUUUGAUACAAGACUUGAAAUUUCAAUAAAAUUCAAGACUUUUUUGUGUACAAUUGUAUAUUUUUUUUGGUUCCUUUUGAAAGAAUGUUUUAAUUUUUUCGUGGACAGUAGACUAUUCGGUAAAGAACCUCGUUAAGCCUUGAAAGACUUCUAAAAUAUUGUGCCAAAAGCAAGGUACAGAUGUUUUGUGUGUGACUUAUUACUGCAAGAAAAUUCUAUAUAAUUCUAUAAAAUUCUGUAUGUAAGACAACUUUAGUUUUUCCUCUCAGGUUUAGAGCCACUAGCCCUUUUUUUAGCCGGUCUCGGUUAUUAACAAUUGAGGUACAUUCAAGAGAAGUUGUAGCAGGUAAUAGAAGAUUGAAAUUACAGUUAUGUUUGUAUUCUUUCAUGGAUUCAUUAAUUUAUAUAGUUUUUUUGGUAUACUUUUGGUAACGUGAUAAGACACUUGAGCAAGAUCUUGCACCUCUUAAAAUUCAUAGAAAAUCUGUCACUGACUUUGGUGAGAAUAAGACAACGUCCUAGAAUUCCCUUUAUAAUUCCAGUUCAUGUAUUAGGGAGCAUAAAUGUUAUUUUGCUGGAAAACAGAAUCAUGCUUUGUGGUUAAACAGCAAGAUACCCAUACUGCCAGAGAGCCUGGAGGUAAUUGGUGCCUGCCCAUCUGCUGACAUAUAGAGCUGAGGAAGGGGCAUAGAUUCAUGUGAAGACUGAACAACCACAUAGUGAAACAGUAAUACUAAAACUUCCCUUUGAAUAGAUAGCUUGGAUUUUUAUUUCUGUAAUUCAGACAGAUAUAUUGCAAAGAGCAAAACUUUUGCAAGCAGGAGUCAUGGAGAAAUGUUACCAGCAGAUUCCUCUAAAUUUAUUUUCAUGUUAUACUCAUAGACUGAUGGAACUUGUUUACAAAUUUGCGUUCCUUCUCAGUUGCGUGGGGUGAGGAGUUCACAGGCCACGUACUUUUUUAAAAAUGAGUUUCACUAUCCAUUAACUGAGCGUGGCCUUCCCUUAUGCUUUGGUCUCUUGGCGUUACAAAAGUGCUAUGAAGGGGUCUUCAUCCUAGUCACAUAAGGUGCAGUUAAAAUGCUUUAAGUAAUUGUAACUUACUUUGGACAGCUAAUCUGCUUAGUGUCAUCAACUUGAACAACCUAUGUCAACUGUUUCUAUAAUACGACCACACUUCAAACUGAGUUUUUUGUGGCUUUGUACUGGUUGGUUAAAUCAGGAUGGCUUUUACUUGAAUCAUAGAAGGCCCCAAUUGAGCAGACUGACUGUGGAAGACUUUGGGCCAUAACGUCCCAUGGUUUGCGAGCUGAUGAGCUGGCACAAAGUCAGUUGAGUUAACCUAAGAAAGUGGUGAGCUUCUAUUGACUGACUGAGUGCACUCAAAGGGAAUAAUAUUCAUUCACAAAAAUAUGUAUUUUUGUUGUUGUAUAAAUGAACACGAGCAAAAAAAUGAUUGGAGGUCACAGUUUUCUGAAUGGUGAAAAUAACAGCAAGAUGCAAUUUCACUAACGAUGCAGUUGUAAUGACUAAAAUGGGUGCAGCUCUCAGGCAUUACAGGUAUUAAUGCUAUUUUUUUAAGGAGCACUGCAUAAAUAUUUUUUCAAGUCGACUCCUUCACACCAUGUGUUUAAGGUUUUUAAUUUUUAAAAAAAUCUUUACUGUGUUUGAAACUAGCAGGGAUAUGAAUCAUUUGUUUUCUGUCAGGGAAUUUGAAAUGAAAAGUGUCAGGCAUGGAAUAAAUAUGUAAAUUUACAGUACUGGUUCUUGCAAGUUUAAAAUUAUGGCAUCGCACUAAUAAUUUUCAAACUAGAAAGAAACAAAGGGUUGGUUAAGUUCUUUAAGAUUUAUGCAAUCUGUAAAUUUAGUUAAACUUGAAAAAGAAUUGUGUCUUUUGUUUUUUAUUGAUGAACUCUGUAGCCCUUCGAUGCAAAGUGGUUCCUUUCUUGGAUAAAUUCAACUUGAAAUGAUGCUCUUUAUUUGGUUUGACUCUUUUAAACUGGAAUCCUUCCAUGAGUAAAUAACAUUCUAAGCAUUAAAUUUUGCUUUCUAUAC